CUCCGUACGGAGAGGACUUUGUAUAUUCUUUGCUCGUCGUUGUUUCUUUUCACAUUCACACACACACACACACACACGCACAUUCUUUUGCCGAUCAUCCCGUCCCAGGGCUGGUGCUGAUCUCAUAUUCUUUCGUCCUUAAUGUAUCGAUCGCCUCUCGAUUCUUACUUCUCACCAACGACUCCUUUCCUCGAAACCAUUCGCUCACAUCGCUCAAUAACCGAAAAACCUCUCCUAUACCCUUUCGUAUGACCAUUGCCCUUCCCUACCAGUCACAAACCAGCAGCGGCUCUGUCACCAGGGUCUACUUUUUUAUCCUCAAAAGUUGGACGGAUCAGCUGCGACCUCAGCCUGACCCAUCGUCACUCAUUGCCCAUCAUUUUCAGCGACCGACGGCUGGACGAUCUACUCAGCCACCGGCCCCCCUCCCAACCAUAUUGAUCGUCUCACCGAACCGGCAAACGUCUUUUUUUCAUGAUCAUUCGCCUCUGUAAAUUUGGACAGUCUAGAUCAAUAUACUACCGGACUUCGCACACCGCAAACCAUUAUCGUCUUGCUGGGUCAGUGGUACAUUCAUGAUGACUACAUCGAACCGACCCAGUUUCAUUGAACUCCCCCAAGAGCCCGCCCGCACAAGUAGUGCACUGUCGAAGAAUGGCCUCGUCUCACCACGAAUCCAGCAUUUCGAUGGGGAUGUCCCUCCUGCACUCUCGCCCCUCGAUGCGUUCGCCGCCAGAAGUCGGAGACUAGCCAAAGAGUUGGAAGAGACGAGGAAGGCUGGAGAGAGACGGUUAAGCAGACUACCACCACAAGUCGUCACAGAAUCACUGAUCGAACAUCAAAACAAUCGGCCACCUAUAUUUCGUGCCCUGUCCGACGGGGUAGAUACUGUUCCUCCUCUGCCCACCAUGGAUAAGGAUCAUGCAGGAAGUUUCCCGCGGGUAGCGAACCCCUCAAAUCGGCCAUCGUCGCAGCAUGUUCGCAUGAGCACUAUGGUGUCACCAACAGAGCAACGACGAAGUAAGGCGAAUGCACAAGACUAUUUCGGGGCCCCUCGAGUCGAGUCUCCCCCUCCUCUUGAGACCAGAGAGACAUCAUCGGGCUCGUACAGCCCUGUGCUGAAGACGCACGCAGGAUUUCCAUACCAGCCUUCGAAUCUCUCUCAGUCCGAUCUAGGCCUCGUACCACCAUCAAACAGAUUACGACCGUAUCACGACGCUUCAGACGAUGAUUAUACUAGUUCCAACGCUGGUUCAACCUUUUCACAAUCGAGGCAGCUCUCCGCUAGUAGUGGACUAUCUGCACCUCACUCGCCGAUAUCCCCUUAUGCCGUCUCCCAUGGCAGGACUGAUUCCCUUGGGUCGCUGGGCUCACCCACUCAAUUUUCUACCAGGAACUUCUCGCGCCCAAUGAGCUCUGCGAGUCUGAGCAAUCUCCAUGCUGAGAAUAGCCCCACAAAGGGACCAAUGGCUAUGCAAUUGAGCCAUCUACGAAACGCGAGUUCUUUCGACGGGUCUAAAGCCAUGUCAGGCUAUCUUGCUGGCGAGGCCUCUUCGUACACACAUGCUACGUAUAGCUUGCCGCGAGGCCGGAGGGUGUCCAAUAGGGCAUCUGGUGUCUUCCAAGGCCUCUCGAUGCCACAUUUUGAGUGGCAGGAGCCCAUGUUUCCUGGCACCCCGCCGCUGGAGGGCAAGAACAGCAGUGAACUUGCCGUUCCAUCUCCUAUGGCAUCUGCAAGACCUAGCAGAGAAGAGUCCAGUGAACAAAGGUCAGGAUUCUCUUUCGAAUUCAACUCAGAACAAAGCCUCGCGUCUAGGGAAAAGUACCACCAACAAUCGGCGUCAUACACGCCCACCGGGUCUGUAAAAUCGACCAACUCGAACCCGAGACCGUCAAUAGGCGAACCGCCAAUGACGGACCUGUUUAUGCCACCACCGCCACCCCCUCUGUCUCCGGUGGCGGAAGCCUCCCAGUCAUCGAGAUCCAACAGCACAAUCCGACCUUCUACUGCUCGUACCGUCAGCAACUACCAAGGCCUUUCAGCCGAAGACCACGUCUCCAAGGCCAUUGAGCUUCACGAGCAUGGCGACCUGAAAGAGUCUACGUAUCACCUGAGAAUCGCUGCCCACAAAGGUCAUGCGACCGGGAUGCUGCUCUACGCCCUGGCCUGUCGUCACGGUUGGGGCAUUAGAGCGAACCAGAAGGAGGGUGUACAGUGGCUUCGGAAAGCCGUGGAUUGUGCCAUGUCUGAGGUGGCUGAAGACGAGAAUCCAGUCACUCGAAAACCGGGCACCGACUACCACGACAUGAAGACACACCGAGCCCAGUUCGCACUCAGCAUUUACGAACUCGGCGUGUCGCACCUGAACGGUUGGGGCAUCGAGCAAGACAAGGCUUUGGCGCUGCGCUGUUUCGAGAUUGCGGGCAAUUGGGGUGACACGGAUGCGCUGACCGAAGCCGGGUUUUGCUACGCCGAAGGUAUCGGUUGCAAAAAGGACUUGAAGAAAGCUGCCAAGUUUUACCGCAUGGCAGAAGCAAAGGGGGUCAGCAUGAUUGGCAACAGCUGGAUUCACAAGGAAAAAUAUAACGACACCGAAGACGAAAGAGACGGUCGAUCGAGAUCAACCACCAAGUCAUCCACAUCCGACAAACCACGCAACAAGUCGAAAUCUCGUGGGAUAUUUGGUCGAAAAAGGUCAAACAACACUUAGACAAACAAACCAUUUUGCUUUCUUUUGAGAUCAUCACAUGUGGUGGUGGUGUACGCUAAGGAGGUAGUGUUAAUUACCAAUUACCGCUCUGUGAGCGAAUUGUCACACUGUACGACGAAAUUACAUGGUUGGAAUUGGAACAGGGAAUAUCUUCCCAAACGACGAGGAAACAUGCAUGAUGAAAAUUUUUGGGCACCAUGGCACGUUACAUACUGUAGAUAGCUUCCAAUUCACGGACUGUAGGAGUCGAAGUGUUUGAUACUCGGUACUCGGUAUACGUGUAGAG